AUGUCGGUGCUAUCUCUCGGCUCGCGCAUGAAUGUGCAUUGGCGGGUUCUGCUCCUGAUCUUCGUGGCCAUCAUUUCCUCCUACACCAUCUUCCACACUUCGGCGCCAACACAUCUCAAAGAUGGAAUCAGCCACAUCCUCCCAUCCUCGUCCUCGACCUUAACAUCAUCUCCGUCCGGCCACGGAAAACAACAUUUCACCAAGCCCGAUGGAGUCAAAGUCAUUGGGAUGGUCUUUUACGGCCGUCGUGACCGAAGCCAGAUCCUCCACUGCUUCCUGAUGCACAACCUUGUUGACAAUGGAGGAUGGCUCGAUGAAGUCCAAUGGAUUCGCAAUACCGACAACGAAGACGACCUGAGGUAUCUCGAUGAAAUCCUCACCCAGACUCCUCGAUACAAGCAGGUCCACCAGGAAAGGACCAAAGACCAAGGCUACAGCGAUGCGUGGUCCAAACUCGAGCCGGGCCAGAUCUAUGUCAAGAUCGACGACGACCUGGUCUGGAUGGCCGACGAUGCCAUCCCGCGCCUCGUCACCACCAAGAUCCAACAUCCCGAGUACCUCGUCGUCUCCGCCAACAUGAUCAACUCGCCCCUACUGGGCUGGCUACACUACCGCAUGGGCGCCGUACACCCUUACCUUCCCGAAUACACCUCGUCUCCCGAAUCUGCAUCACCGUACGAAGAGACCUCGCCCUCCGCACGUUCGGAUCAAACCCAGAGUGUGCCUCGUGUCUCAUGGAAACACGUCAACCACCCCCCUUGGACUGGGCCUGACAGUUUUACUUUUCCACACGAGGAAGUACCACCUCGACAAGGCCACGCAUGGUUGCGACUGCGCGAGACCGCAGAAUCCCGUACGGCUCAACUCCGCCGUACACCCAUCGUCAACACCACUUACGAAACAUGGGGGCCCGGACUCAAAUCCUGGGCCAUCGCAGCCCAACACCACUACUCGUUCCUGGAAAACCUGCACGACGACAACCUGCACCUCUACCAAUUCGGGCCCGACUCCAAACCGUGGAUUUCCGACUACGACCGCCUCAGCAUCAACUUCAUCGCCGUCAACUCCACGGAGAUCCUAAGCCAUCUCCCCAUCCCCGACGACGUCGUCGACGAGGAAUGGUUGACCGUCACAUUACCGAGACAAAUCGGCAAGAGCGUCGCCGUGGAUACUCAUGCUCUGGGUGUACACUUCAGCUUCUUCUUCCAAGGAGACCUUACUUCGACGGAUCUGCUAGGUCGGUACCUCGACUAUGCCCAGGAAAAUGUCUGCGUGAAGUGA